GCAAUACUACGUCGCGUACGCGCGCUACACUAGUUCACGCAACGACUCGUAUAUCGCGGCGAAAAUAGUGCGCUCGGACCGGGAAGCGAACCCGGUGAACCAGUGGUAGGUGCCAUGGUGCCCGCACUGGUGCUGAUGUUGCUGGCGGUGGCCCCGUAUGGGCCCGCCGUCGCGCGCAGGCACGCUCCUGACCUCAGAGAAGAUGAACCCGCUCGGCGUACCACGAGACCUGCCGAAUGUCAAUUCGGAAAGCAAGCCAAAGAGCUGGGGUCCACGUGGUUUGCAGAUUUGGGCCCUCCGUUUGGUGUCAUGUACUGCAUCAAAUGUGAGUGUAUACCGGUACAAAAGAAGCGGAGAGUGGUCGCUAAAGUACACUGCCGGAAUAUUAAGAACGAAUGUCCUGAACCAUCUUGCGACAGUCCGGAACUCCUUCCCGGACGUUGCUGCAAGUCUUGUCCGGGGGAUACUAACUCUCCCGAUAUUGUACAAGAAGAUAGCCCAACCGUUGUCAUUGAUGAAGAGGAACUGAGUAUGAAGCACUUUGGUGCUCUCCUAACUGGUCGAUCUCCUCUCUGCAUUCGGCGUGAUGACAUGACUGGUGUACCCGUAGCUGCUGGAGUGGCCACAGCUCGAUUUACUUUCCGACGACGUCAUCUCUUCUGGUCCGUAAUUUUGGGGCCAUCGAUGGUUACUCGGCCGAGAGCACUUGCGUUCUUGGAUCGAGGAGGUCGGAUGCUUUUAGAACAUCCGCUCAGAAAGUUUCAAGGCAUCCACGCUACGUAUGAGGAAAAAACUGAUAAGCUCUGUGGAGUCUGGCGCAGAGUGCCUCGAGAGUACAAACGUUUGCUCCGCGAAGGCUCUUUGUAUGUUGCCCUUAUAUGGGGUGAUGAGCGCAAUAACUCCAUGGAUACAGCUCUAAGUGGAAGGAUCAGCAGAUAUCCAGCACUUGCAACAGAGAUGUUUACAUCACUAUUGGAGCCAGAACACGCCCCAGCAUCAAUCGGUAACGGAGCUUGUGAUGAUUACCGUGUACCGGGACAGGAAGAGGGCUGGUGGGGUGGAACAGCGGUGGUGACGGGUGCGGCCGGAGCAGCACCUAGCUUGCACCUGGCUAUAGUUUUUAAUGGCGUGUUCAAGCCUACCUCUAGAGAACAGACCAUCAAAGUAAUGCUGACACUACCAGAGAAGAAUCAAACGAUUAUUGACGAGGUUCACAAGAUGAGUAAACCCAGCUACGACUUUAACAUUAUCGAAGUAUCUACACCUGUAUCAGCUGCGGAACUGAGAUCCCUAGCCAGAGGCAGGCUUCUGCUCUCCGUUGAAGCCAUCUCUACUCCAGAGAGACGACUGACUGGAGUCGUCAGACAGAGAGCGGCCUGUGAGGUCUUCCAUGCGCCUUUAAUCGCCGAGCGGCUCUCGGCUGCCACCAUACCUGAAGGACUGGCUCUUCUGUAUAUUGACAAGGAGGGAUCACUGGUUUACGAUAUACAGGUGGACAAUUUGAGUAUAGCUGAUCCGAAGAUAACGUUAGUGGAAGAGCAGGGCAAGAGACACUCGCAAGUGGAAAUUCUGGAUACAAGAAUGGGAGUGCUGGCCAGGCCCAGUGCGAGGAUCUUCCCCCCACUCUAUGAAGACCAGCUUGCUGUACAUAUCGGAUCUGAUACAGGUCCGCCGCUACUCAGAGGUCGCUUAUUGUCCCGCUCGUUGCCGGACGCGGCCGGUGCCGGACCAGCCGUCCUGAAGCGGACAGACGCUCGUCCGGCCCCUUCCACUAUCAUCGCUGGUCUCGCCUGGGUCUCUGUUGAUGCGUUGUGUGGAAUUAAUUAUGAAGUUACAAUAAACGGUUACAACGGUGGCUGGUCGUCGUGGCUGGAGAGUCACGCCCUCGGAUCAUCAGCUCCAAGGGCUCUGUCGGGACAAGAAGGUUCAGUACUUGAGCCGACUCCAGCGGAACUGUCAGCUUUGCACGCGGGCGCUGCGUAUCUCAACGUACGCGCUGCGGAGAAUGGCACUGAGUUUCUGCGCACGCGACUACCCCAGAUAAGUGUGCCACCAUCUUGUCUCCCCUCCGUGUCGUACGUCGUAGACAAUGAGCUCAGCCCCAACUACCCUCCCACGCACAACAACGUGCCUCCAGACAACUCCCUCUCCAACACCGCGUCCUGCUUCUACGCGGGUCGGUCUUACGAAGAUGGCGCUCAGUGGAUGGCCACCGAGUUGUGCCACAUGUGCGGGUGUGUCCACGGCGCCCUUCGCUGUGAUCCCAUCCGGUGUCCUGUCGUGGAGUGCGCCGCGCCCACUAUUCAGCCGCCAGGACAGUGCUGCCCCAUCUGUACAAACUCCACAACCGCCGUAUGGAACGAAUCACACGGAUGUCACCUCGCGGGGCAGUACCAUGCCCCGGGGUCCUCCUGGCAUCCGUACUUGGUACCAGGAGGCUAUGACACCUGCGCGGUCUGCACUUGCGACUUUUCCACGAGACAAGUGAGAUGCCCCCGCGUCAAAUGUCCCAUCUUGAAGUGCGCUGAGAAAGAUGCCUAUCGACCCGACAAGAAGUCUUGUUGCAGGGCGUGUCCAGUGGUAAAAGAAAAGAAGUCCGACGAAGAUACGUUGAAGGAUCAGGGCACUCCGCGGACAGCGGAAGAAAUAUUGGCUGAAGGGGGAUGCAAGUUCCCAGAUGGGCCUCUACCCAACGGGAAGGAGGUCCAUCCCUCCAUACACUCACACGGAGAACAGAGAUGUGUCACCUGUCGUUGCAAGGAUGGCGAAGUGACAUGCGUACGUAAGCGUUGCAACCGAGCCGCGUGCGCACGAAGACGACGCGGUGACGCAUGUUGCGCUUGCACUCGGCACCGCCGCCAACGCGCCCCACGUCCGCCGAGCUGAGCGCCUAAAACCCAACCGAGCUCAGCCGAGCGCCCAACUGGCGGAGCUCAGCCGAGCGCCCAGAGCUGAGCGUCGUCGUAGUGACUGGCUUUCUGCGCCGAGUACCUAGGCUGGGCCAAAGUGCUUAUUUUAGACUGUUGCGCUCUCAGCGCUAUAGACUGACUUUGCUAAACUCCCUACAAACAUCUGAUCUGUGUGAUUCGUUUAGUGUCCUUUAGUGUAUAAGCUGUUGGAAUUCUGCAUAUGCAGUUUAACGGCCCGUUUAAACACCGUUUAAUUACGUAACAAAUUUGUAAUAUUUCUAGACGGAAACAUUAAAUGUGAUUUAAAACAAAAUAAUGAUAUUGUAAUAAUCAAAUUAUCAAAAAUAAUUAGACAAAUUUAGAAGCUUGGAAAUCCUCAAAGAUUUGAAGGAAAUUCUACUUAUAAUCAGAAGUUUGUAGGAAGUGAAGUUAAAACACUAUCAUUUCUUCGAGGUUAUAGGACGUUGCCGACUUAGCGCGUAUUACCAUUUCUACACCCACUUAGGCUUAACUCAAGACGAUAACCCCGAUUUCGUUCGUGUUGACAGUUUUCACUGAAAUAACCGGCCGUUAAAGUGAACGGGGGUUUAACAGAUUCACUAUGCAGGUUACGUUAAAUAGCUUAAGUUUAAAGACUGAUUUAUACACGGUUAGCUAUCCUUAAUUUAGGUGUUUCCGGUAACUAAAGUGUGUUUUGUCAAUCACUGAUUAAAUGAUUUAAAUAAAAUUUUCACCGUCUCAAUAUAAAAAAUGUUUUGAAAUCAUUGAAGCAGCUCCAUUGUUUUUGUUGUUCAUUAUAUCACUAUAAAAAUUUCAUAGGUUUCGUAUUGCUAUCGUAGAUUAUAUGGUUUUUGAGCUAUACGUCAAAACGUAUAUGAUGUAUAUUACGUAAACAAACGAUUAUGUUUAUCGUCACCGUGAAAUCCAACCUAUUUUGACAUGAAGUGUCAAAAAUCAAAAUUCAGUUAAUCAUAGAAUAACCCUGCUGACCGGUAAAAAAUGUGCGGUAAUUCAAAUGUCUGCAAUUCCACUUAGCGCGAAUUUUACGAUAAUUUAAUAAAAUUCUAUCAAAGAUUAAGACAAAUUCCUAAAAUUUUACGAUCAAUUCAUUAAAUGUUACAAUAAACUCGUCAAUAUAUUAUAUGAUUUAUCAAUUCAUAGAUUUUCCAUAAAAUGUUAUAGUCCACUUAAUCUACAUAUAAGCAGUGUAGUUCCAAAUAGCGCACGAAGCGCUGUUCUAGUUUUCAAUAUUCUACUAAUAGUUACGAUUUCACGUAACAUUCGUGCUGAAGGAAUCUUAUACGAAACCCUUUCGCAUGGUCCGUCGUAACCCUUAAGUCGGCAAUUGAGAGCGUCUUAGCGUAAGAUGCGGCAGUCGGCCGCGCACUCGACUCAUUGCCUCCAGGCGAUUUACUUCCCACCGGUAUUUAAUUGGUUCAUGCAGAAAAUUAUAGGCGCACGCAAGGCUCCAACAGACUGAUGGAUUUUAAUACUUCAUAACUUUGAUUUAUAGACCAGGUGAUUAGUCUUCUAUGAUCAAUACAAUAUGGUCAACAAUUAGUACGGUAAAUUGAAAAAAAAAAUAGACAAUCCAAACCGAUACUAUCGGCCUAUAUAGACUAGAUAUCGUAGUUAUCACGUUUGUAAUAACAGACAUGGUAACCAUGGCAACAGUGUCAGUGAACGCAGCCACUGGCUUACGCUACAUAAGAUUUAUAAAACACAUUAAAAAUGUCACCAGCUUAAAUUUCAGCUUUUCGUUGGUAUUUUUAUUAAAUAACAAGCAUUAUGUUCAGUUUUAAUUCCAUCAAUUUGUGGGGCGUCUUGUUCAGCAAACAGAGCGCGGUCGAUGUAUAGAUGUGCCAUAUUUUCUUUAUGUAAAUAAUAAAUUAUUCUAUGUAUUAUUUAAGAAUCUUGUGUAUAACUUUCGAUAUCGAAUCGAUGUUGGCUUUAUUGGAAUCAUCACAAUUGGACUCAACUUGACAUUGUGGAGUCACCAUUUUUAUUCAGAUCCAACUAAUUUAUUGCGCAUUUGCUUACUGUGUAACGCAGUAGUUUCAGAGUCGAGUAAGCUAAGUAUGACUCCCGUAUGUCAACGGUGACGCGAGUCAGCGCUGUCUCGAUUGUGACACCCUUAGCGUCUUUAAGUAUUAAUGAAUGUUGGCCAGAGCUUGUAAAUAGUUAUAAUUGGAAUUAAGAUAUACUUAAGUUUUAUGUUUAAGCAAGCUAGUCGAAUAUGUUGAUGUGAUGGAAUCGUCUGUCGUUAGAUUACGCCUUUACGGCAUUAUUAUUAAGACAUUGCCAAAAAAAUUUAAAUUUUUUUUCUAUGUCGUGUUUGUGGGAUCUAGUCCGUCGAAAUUAUGUGGUCACGUGGUCACUUGUAUAUUGUAGGAUACCGAUCAGACAUGAGUUAUUUGGUGUUAUUUUAAUUGUCUAACACGUAGAGUAACCCCAGGGCUUGCGAAUAACAUAACUAAUGUCCUAAUAGGGUUCGAUAUUGUGCUUGUAACGCAUUGUUUUUAUAUUAUAGUUAAAAUCUUCCUCUAGGUGUAUUGUGGGAAGAGAUAUGUUAUACAAUUUUCGGCUUCUGUGUUAAAUAUACAUAUCAGGUGUAAACUGCAUAAUGGCUGUUAAAACGGCUCGAUAUAUAUCCAACAUUGUUUUACUAUGAAAUAAAUUGUCCAAU